AUGUCGGAGGAAACAAUUAUGUCUAUGAAUGAUCAGGCAAUUAAAAUUGAACCGCCAGAAUAUUCACCAGCAGACAAUAAACUCGAAAUAGAGAAUGAUUUUGAUGAUCCCGACGUUAUAGUUAAAUCUGAAUCGUGUUCUGAAGAUGAUGAUACGUGUUUAGAAAGAUUUAUGAAUUCCGAAGUGACAAUUGAAGAAGAAGUCAAACAUGAGUUAGUCGAGACAUUAACUUAUGAAUGUGACGUUUGCAAUAGAUCAUUUGCAGAAUCAGAUCAUUUAAAAGAGCAUAUGGCUCAUCAUAUUCCUAAUAAUAGCAAAGAAAAUCCUUUCAAAUGCGAAAUCUGUCACAAGGCUUUUGAUCGAUUAAGUGCUCUGAAAAGGCACAUGCUCAUUCACAGUGGUAGUCUAAAAAGACACAUGGCCAUUCACAAUGGAAUACGCUCUCAUGAAUGCAAUAUAUGCAAAAAGACAUUCAAGAGAUCAUCAAUUCUGAAAUGUCACAUGCUGAUACACAGUGGAGUACGUCCCCAUGAAUGCAAUGUAUGCAAAAAGACAUUCAGAGAUUUAAGUAAUCUGAGAAAUCAUAUGCUGAUCCACAGUGGAGUACGCUCUCAUGAAUGCAAUAUAUGCAACAAGACAUUCACAAGAUCAAAGCGUCUUUAUGAAUGUGAAGUAUGUAAUAAGAAAUUUACUCAAUCAAAAAAUUUGAAGGGACACAUGGCACUUCAUAGUCAGAAUCGUGGUGAAGAUCAAUGA